AUGACUACCUUGCCCACCAUAGCGCCAACCGAACGUGCCGAUUCCCUCAGUGUGCAAAACCACCGUCGCUUAACCGGUGCGCAUUUUCGAGGCCAUGGACCUGCAAGCAAGGAAUGUGCAAGACAGCUGUCGACUAGACUGGCCAAGGGACAAGUUUUUGAUCGCCCUCCCACGCUUGCUAGAGCGGCUGGCGUACCUUGCAUGACGCCUCCGAGUGGCGCAUUUGAGUCAGCUCGACAGACCGGCCUCACACCGCACUGCAGAUUGGACAAAAGGCAGCCAAAUUCCGAUGAUUCCUCGGUGAAGUCGGGAGCCUUUGCUGCUCGCACCCUCGCUUCGGCCAGUCGCCCAUCCGAAUCCUGCACCACCCUCAGCCUCAGAAAUGGAAGAUCGCCACGGUGCAUGAACCGCUGCGAGAUGGGCAUGCAGCACACUCGUCUUACGGCUAUGAGGCCUCUGACCUCUCCAACCUUCCUGACUUCUCCGAGAAACCCCCCGAAACCUCGCGAAAUACGAAGCAGCUCGAAUGAGGCCCGUAUUGAAGUGGAAAUGUCGAUAGUUUGUCCGAAUAACCCUGGUUUCUUUCCAAGGUCCUGUCUUGACUUAAAACAAGUCAGCUGGUUGCCCGACUGUGUACACAUUGCGUCAUGA